UAUUUAUUCUUUAAUAAUAAUUGAAACUUUGUGAAGGAAGAUUACUAUAAGAACACAAAGAUUGUCACAGUCUAGUCCCCCACUCCUAGCCUCUUUCUAAAGAACCAUACUGUGAGUUCCCAACAUUUCACAACAAUGUUAGCUAACUCUACUCCAUUUCCAAGCUUUGGUGGCUUGCCAAGACUUGAUGAUCCCACAGUUCAUAAACACAAGAUUAAUGUUAUUAAUGAGCCUUUCAUGAGCUGCAACUACAAAGAUACAGGAACUUCAGAAUCAUUCUUAUGCUUUCCUUCCUCACAGCUAUUGAUCGAUCAUGAUGGCCCGACAAGUACUCUAAGUGGUGAUCCAGAAGCAUUCAAAAAACUAAACCACAACGCAAGCGAACGUGAUCGGAGAAAAAGAUUGAAUGGCCUAUACUUUACUCUCCAAUCUCUACUUCCUGAAGGGGAUCGAACGAAGAAACUGAGUAUCCCAGCAACUGUUUCUUGUGCACUCAAGUAUAUACCAGAGUUGCAGAAGCAUGUCCAGAAGUUAACACACAGGAAAGAAGACAUCUUAUCAAGUAUCUAUAAGCAAGGAGAUACCAUCAAACUGCACAAGCAAGAGAAAGGUACCGGCGGCGACUGGGGAUCCUUGCCGAGUGUUUCGGCCAGUAAAGUCGACGAAAGAGAAGUUGUUAUUCAGAUUUGUGCAUCCAAAGCCAAGAACAUUCCUCUUUCUAAGGUAUUAGUGGAUUUGGAAGAAGUGGGGCUUCAAGUCUUGAGUGCUUCAGCUAUUGAAUCCAAUGGGGAAAAGGUCUUCUACAACCUCCAUCUUCAGGUAAAAGAAACUCAAAGACUGGAAUCUGAGGUAUUGAGUCAGAAGCUCAUGCUGAUGUAUCAAAACAGAGAAGAGUUGCCUUCAUCAUAUUUGAAUACAAAGGCAGAUCCAGAACUUUAAAGUAAAUGGAUGAAGAAGGAAAUUGAAGGCUUCAUUCAAAGAAUGAAAAUGGAGUGGCUGAAAAUUUUUAAUCCUUUGACAUACAUGGUUCUUGUAAAAUUGGUUUGGGGGUGCUUAUUUUUUCCACGUGUCUUAUGUCCAAUAGAUUAGAGCCUACCACUGAAUAGGUCCCACCUUAAAGAUUGCCAUCAAAAGAUGAAGCAAUCCUUAACCAUCUGAUCUGUAGUUUAUUUGAAGCUUCUCUAAUUCUUUUUUCACCAA